AAAGCUAGAUUACAAUCAUCAAGUAAAAUUCCAUUCUUUACCAAUGUAAUAGUGUAACAACAGACCGGUUUGAAAGAUGUAGACUUAGCCUACGCUAAAAAUGGAAUUCUAGCUAUUUAUCGCUAUGUCUGAUCGCUCUCUGGUUGAUUUUUUGUCAGCCUCUAAGUCUUUCAUACUGAAGAAAAUCUCGUAGAUGUUGGUUAGCUUUGGUUUGCUUAUGCACUUCCAUUCGUAAGUCGUAUUCGUUUCAGCGGUUUUCCCAAAAAGCGGCAAAUACAAAGAUGGCGGCAGACUCUCAGAUUCAGAUCUAUCAGAAGCGUCUGGAACUUCACACUAUUGUGUUUGCAGUGGCCUUUUCACCAUGUGGCAAUUUCUUGGCGGCGUGCAACAACUUUGGACAAAUUGCGGUUUUUAGCAUUACUUCUGCUCUGGCACCCGAUGCUUCAUCCGACAAGAAGAGACCAGUAAUAUUUUUCCAAGGUCACAGCAACCCAAUUUACAGUCUAAUAUCUACAGAUAAAUUUCUAAUCAGUGGUGGCUCAUCUGAAAUACAUGGAUGGCGAUGGGAUGAAAUUCUUGAUAAAACAGAGGCUCCUUCACCUGCCUGGACACUGCAACCUCCAGCUGCCAGAGCCUCACUGGAUAUACCUGAAACCAAUGCUUUGGUAUUUUCUGAGCAGGAAGACACACUUUUCUCAGGUUGUGGGGACAAUAAUAUUUAUAUGUGGGACCUUGAGUCUGGAACAUGUAAGAACACAUUGUCUGGUCACUCAGAUUAUAUUCAGUGCCUUACUCUCAGAACAAAACACGGUCAAUGUGUGAGUGGAGCUGAAGAUGGAACUGUAAGAUUAUGGGAUUACAGAACAAAAGGAUCCAUGACUGACAUGAUUGAACCCUGUAAAAAUGAGGAUAUACACAGACCUCAUUUGGGGUCUUGGAUAGGUUGUGUUGCUGUUGAUGAGGGUGAGGACUGGCUGGUCUGUGGUGGUGGCCCGUCCCUGUCGGUGUGGCAUUUGAGGUCCAUGAAUUGUACAAGUGUUCUGAAAACAGCUUCCAGUCAACAGUCUGCCCUUUUCCAUGAUGACCUUAUAUUGUCUGCAGGGUCAGAACCAACCGUGUUCCACUGGCAGAUAAAUGGGGAUCCAAAAACACAUGUUCCUUGCACACCAAACUCAGUUUUUACCAUGCAAAUUAAUGACCAGUCUCCAAAGAAUAAGGUUCUUGCAGUGGGUGGUUGUUCAGCUGACAUUGAUGUUUUUACAAACUUCGGCUAUAAAGCACUAUCAUUUAAAUUUUCUCAAUAAACUAGUCCUUUGUCAAUUGUGGAUAGAAAUUGUGUUGUGUAGAAUAGGAAUGAAUAUUUUUCCAGGUACUUGCACAAUAGGUUAUGCUAACCAUCAGACAGUAAUAACUCCCAUGGAAGAACACUAAAACAUUGUAAUAACUAUUGGCCACAAGAAGCAGAAAACUCAACAUUGAGUUUUAAAAAGCAUGCAACAUCUAAUUUUUGUUUAAAACUGGUCAGUCAUUACAUUUAUCCCCCUUUACACUCUGUUGACAAAAACUGAUUUUCUCCCCUCCCCUCUUUAUUCCUCCCAAAAACCGUGUACUUCCCCCCUCCCCAUGGUAAAAAAUGAUUGGUUCACAAAGUCACCUACCUAUGUAAAAAGAGGUGAAUGAAGGGCAUAAAAGUGUGUAACAGAUAUGUUAAAUAUUCUCCACUGUAAUUCAUUUGAUUAGCUUCAGUAAAACAAAGGGGGAGAGGUGACAGGUUUCAACAAACAAGUAUUCCUGCAAAGCUAGAAGGGGAUAGUAAUUAUGUGAACAACUUUUUGGCCAACAGGCAGCAUGAAAUUGCCAUCUACUUAUGCACUUCAAGAGAAAUGCAUUUCAAUAAGAUUGAAAAUGAAC